AUGCACACGCAAACACAUGUCUUCGCCCACCUGCAUCCACCUUUUGAAGCCUCCACCAUUCUUUCCAACCAGACGACCCGUGACAUUACCUGCAUCCUCGCGGAGGCAAUCUCGUCGGCCACCUUCCGCCGGGCUGCUGGCGAGUCUCGGUCCUCAGUUGAGUCGGCCAACGAACUGGAGACGAAAAGCCACGAGAACUGCCGUGAAGGGAUGCAAAGAGGCGAUGGUGUGGCGCAAACAUUUGGACUUCCGAUGAGUCGAGCUCAGGUAGAGCCGAAGAGUGCUGUGACGUUGAAGAAGGAGUCUGUGAGGGGAUCGAGAACCAGCUCGAAGGAGGGGAAAGAGAGGAAGGUGUCUGCAAAACAAGAGGUAGAAUGGAUCGGCGAAACGGUGGCGGGUAAGGAUAGAAAGAUGGAGAGUAAAACGCCACAGAAUAAACCAGACGAGGAAGAUGAUGGCUGGGACCGGACCGCGAAUGAAGUUGAGCCGUACUCCUUAACCUUGCAUCAAAGGAGCCCAUCAAGUGCGCUAUUUCCCACGAUGCAGACCUUUUUUCCUCAUGUGAGAUAA